CACCUACUCAUUGUCAUGCUUGUAUUGUUUCCAGGUUCAAAUUAAACGUUUAAACAACUUUAAUGAUCUCACAAUAUGAAGUCACGUCAACAGUGUCAAGAUAGAUAGAUAGAUAGAUAGAUAGAUACAUCAAUAAUAAAUAAAUAAUAAUAAAUAAUAUUUUUCUUUAGCGACUCAUUUGAGAAACCGUCUCCUCUUCAUACUCUUUGUUGGAAUACAAGGACCAACCUGAGCACAAUGGCAGAAUCAAUCUGCACCCAUGCAAGUGUGUCCACAGCUAACGUCUCCACCGAUGUCGGCUGCCCCACCGCUGCUCUGUUGUGUGGUAUAAACAUCUCCUGGUUCCCGGAGAACACCACAAAGCAGGACAUGGAUGAAAUGUGCGUGAGCGAAGAAGAAUACAUGUCAUUGCAACUGGGGUCACCGAGGUCCCCGGUGUUCCUUCCCGUCUGCAUCGCCUACCUGACCAUCUUCAUGGUGGGCGUCCUGGGCAAUGCCCUCACCUGUGCGGUCAUUUUGCGCUACAAAGUGAUGCAGACGCCAACCAACUAUUACCUUCUGAGCCUGGCCGUGUCCGACCUCCUGGUUCUGCUUCUGGGCAUGACGCUGGAACUCUACGAGAUGUGGCAGAACUAUCCGUUUCUAUUCGGGGAGGGCGGCUGCUACUUUCGAACCUUCCUGUUUGAGAUCGUCUGCUUCGCCUCCAUCCUCAAUGUCACGGCCGUGAGCGUGGAGCGCUACUUUGCCGUGGUGCACCCCCUCAAGGUCAAACACAUGACCACGUCAGCUCACGUCAAGAAGGUGGUCUUCACGCUUUGGUUGCUCUCCAUGCUCUGCUCCGUGCCCAACACCAGCCUGCACGGGAUUGUGAUGCUACCUCCAAGGUUUGGACGAGACUUCCCCCGUUCUGCUAUCUGCCAGUUGGUCAAGCCCAAAUGGAUGUACAAGCUGAUCAUCUUGAUUUCCACGCUGGUCUUCUUCAUGCUCCCCAUGCUGAUCAUCAGCAUCCUCUACCUUCUCAUUGGAUUGCAGCUGCACAGGGAGAGGAUGUUGACCAUGGUGGAGGACAGGUGCAGCUUUGGACCAGAAAGCCUCAGCAGAUCCCACAAGCAGAAAAUUAACAAACGCAAUCUUCAAGUCACCGAAAUGUUGUGUGUGCUGGUGAUAGUUUUCGGUCUGUGCUGGGCUCCCUUCCACGUGGACCGUCUUAUGUGGAGUCUCAUGGACACGUCGGUGGAGCAGCAUCUCCAGAUCUUCGAGCACAUCCACGUCGUCUCGGGAGUUUUCUUCUACCUGAGUGCCGCCAUCAACCCCAUCCUCUACAACCUUAUGUCCACACGCUUCAGAGAAAUGUUCCGCCAUAUCUCAUGCAAUGCUGACGCCUGGUCGGUACGUUCCAGCAAAGAGAUGACCCUGCGCAGUCAGCCUUCGGCGGCGUGUGACGUGCGGCCGCCACCCAGACCCAGUUCCGACGGCGCGGAUGCUGCGGCUGCCAUCAGUUCCGGCGGCGCGGAUCCAGCGGCCGUCACCCAGUCGGCCUUCAGCGGCGCAUGA